AAAAUCAUUGCCAGCCACAAAUUUCUUUACCGUCAAACUUCUAGCUCUUUCUCUCUCAUUUCAGACAUCACCUAUAAACUCAGAAACAAAAACCUCGCUUGUUUUUCUUCCUCUUUUUCCAUGAUAUCAAUUCUUUCUUUCUUUUUUGUUCUGGUCUGUCUUUAGAUUGAUCUCUCUAUCUUUCUUCGGAUAAUGAUGAACAACAACAGUACUAGAUUGAAGUAAUGAUACAGAGAAAUAAUAUUGAUUAUUAUUAGCAUAAACGAAAUAUUAACAUAGUUAUGAGAACAAUCUGUGAUGUCUGUGAGGGUGCCGCUGCUACUCUUUUCUGUGCUGCUGAUGAAGCUGCGCUCUGUGUUCCAUGUGAUGAGAAGAUUCAUUUGUGUAACAAACUUGCAAGUCGGCAUGUCCGAGUUGGACUUGCUGAACCCAGUGUUGUUCCGCGUUGUGACAUAUGUGAAAAUGCACCUGCCUUCUUUUACUGUGAGAUAGACGGCACUUCUCUUUGCUUGCAAUGUGAUAUGACCGUUCAUGUUGGAGGUAAAAGGACCCAUGAGAGAUUUCUCUUACUGAGACAAAGAGCUGAGUUUCCAGUGGAUAAAUCUUCUAAUUCAGAUGAUCAACAUCGACAACCAAUGAAUCCAAGAGAAAACAGAUGGCACCCACCUGAAAUGACAGUAAAAACGCACGAGCAAAACAAGGCCUCUGCAAUUCCAAUCUCAAAUGGUCAUAAAGAUGACAACUAUUACAAGAUGGAUAUAAAAAUGAUUGACCUCAACACCAGGCCUAAUAACAGGAUAAAUGGACAAUCUUCAAGUAGCCAGGGAAUGGACGUAUUGAGUGGUAAUACAUAAGGUAUAUUUACGAGUACUAUUCCUGCAAACCUUUUGAAAGAGGGUUGGAGGAUGAACCAUGCCAAAGCAGGGUGCUCGUAUCUAUGUGCACUUGCAGGCUUGCAGCCACCAUUUUCAAUGACAAGAUGUUGGAUAUAAUAUGUGUACAAUUUAGCCACUUUUUUGGGUUAAUGUUUUCUCACAUUUCAUCAAUACAAAUUACAAAGUAUGGGAAAUAUUGAUUUUCUUAACUUCUAAGGUAAUUUUGGUUGAUAAAUAAAUAGAUGAUUUGAGUUUCUUAAAUGGAUGAUACUUGGUAGCUGCAAAGCUUAUUGUAUUUGUUCAAAGCUGUUGCUUGGGAUUGUAUUUUAACCAAAGUUUGCAUUUUCUCCA